AUGGCCUCUUGCAUGUAUGUGACCAUACACGCCAGGUUGCGACUACAUCUACUCCAAGCCUGGCUAUCAACAGUAUACCGCCUACGUCGGGACAGCUUGAGCACAGUGGUUACCAUCCUGCCAGGGAUAUUAGCCUCUCUAGGCUGGUGGCUGGACCCCAAAUCAGUGUGCGAAGGGAUAUCAUUUCGUGCCCCGCAGCCCUCCGUGUCCCUGGUCACGGAUGCGUCAUCCCUGGGAUGGGGAGCCCACCUCGGGAACCUACGUACACAGGGUCUAUGGUCAGCAGGAGAGUUAUCGCUGCACAUCAACGUAUGGGAACUCAGAGCAGUGCGCCUGCCGUGUCAAGCAUUCCGAGAGUGCAUUCAAGGCCAUUGUAUUCUCUGUGAGGACUGCAACAUGACGGCCAUGUUUUACAUCAACAAGCAAGGGGAGCCUGGUCGUCCGCCCCUCUGUCAGGAGACCGCUCGUCUGUGGGAAUUCUGUAUAGCCCACUCGAUCCAUCUGGUGGCGUCGUUUCUCCCAGAAGUCCAGAACACCUUAGCAGACCACCUCAGCAGAUCAUUCCAAGCUCACGAGUGUUCAGUUCACCCGGACGUCAUCCGUUCUGUCUUCUUGAAGUGGGGCUUUCCCCUGAUGGACCUAUUCGCCUCUCGCAAGAAUCGGAAAUGCCAGGUGUUCUGCUCUCUCCAAGAACACUCUCCGGGUUCCCUGUUGGACGCCUUCCUAAUACAGUGGAAGGAUCACCUGUGCUACACCUUCCCUCCAUUCCCGCUGGUCCACAGGGUCCUGCUCAAGCUGUGCAGGGACAGAGCCCGUCUGAUUUUGGUUGCACUGGUAUACCACUCUUCUAGAGCUGUCGGUGGACACUCCAAUUCCGCUCCCCCUGUGGCCAGACCUGAUCACUCAGGACCACAGAUGACUCUGUGAUCCCGACCUGCAGUCUCUCCACCUCACAUAGUCCAUGCUGCAUGGCUAACUCAAUCUGAGCUGUGCUGCUCUCACUUGGUACAGCAGGUUCUUUUGGGUAGCAGGAAGCUCUCUACGAGGUCCACAUACUUAGCCAAGUGGAAGCGUUUUUCCUGCUUGUGCGCUCAGAGUCAUACGCACAGGCGUCAGUUCAAGAUGAUAGGUACCAUCUCCUGCCCUUAAAACAGCAGGACUUGGCAAUAUCAUCCAUCAGAGUGCACCUGGCAGCUAUUUCAGCUUUCCACCCAGGUGAAAACAGGUGUUCGGUCUUCUCCAAUCCCAUGGUCAGCAGAUUUCUCAAGGGGUUGGAGCGGCUGUUCCCACGAAUUUGACAACCGGUCCCUAUGUGGGAUCUUAACCUGGUCCUCUCCAAACUCCUAGGUGCCCCGUUCCAGCCGAUGGCAACCUGCUCGCUCCUGUAUCUUUCCUGGAAGACAGCCUUUCUCAUAGCUAUUACCUCGGCGAGGUGUGUGUCUGAGCUCAGGGCACUCACAUUGGAACCACUGUAUAUGGUGUUCCACAAGGACAAGGUACAGCUUCAACCCCACCCAGCCUUCCUCCCUGAGGUGGUGUCGGCCUUCAAUCUCAACCAGGACAUCUUCCUCCCCGUCUUCUACCCAAAGCUGCACACAUCUCGACGGGAACAACAGCUGCACUUCCUGGACAUUCGCAGGGCCCUCGCCUUCUACAUCGAGCGAACAAAACCUUUCAGGAAAACGUCACAGCUGUUUGUUGCUGUGGCAGACCGGAUGAAGGGCCUUCCGGUCUCCUCCCAGGGCAUCUCAUCCCGGAUCACAUCAUGCAUCCGUGCGUGCUAUGACUUGGCUGUUGUCCCAACUACGCACCUUACCGCCCACUCCACGCAGGCUCAGGCUUCAUCCUCUGCUUUCCUGGCACACGUACCAAUACAGGAGAUACGUAGGGCAGUGACUUGGUCAUCCGUGCAUACCUUCGCUGCCCCCUAUGCGAUAAUUCAGCAGUUCAGGGGUGAUGCUGCAUUUGUUCAGCAUUUGUUCAGCAGUCCUUCGCUCUGCGACAUCUCACUCUGACUCCACCGCCUAGGUAAGGCUUGGGAGUCACCUAAUUGGAAUUGGUAUGAGCAAGCACUCGAAGAAGAAAAGACUGUUACUUACCUUUUGUAACUGUUGUUCUUCGAGAUGUGUUGCUCAUAUCCAUUCCAAACCCACCCUCCUUCCCCUCUGUUGGAGUAGCCGGCAAGAAGGAACUGAGGGGGCGCUGGGUCAGCUGGGGCAUAUAUCCGGCGCUGUGAAGGCCCCUCUCCAGGGGCGCCUCAGUCAACCUACUGAGUGUUGCUAGGAUAAAAAUCUUCCAACGAUCAUGCACGCACCUAAUUGGAAUGGAUAUGAGCAACACAUCUUGAACAACAGUUACAAAGGUGAGUAACCGUCUUCUCACCAAAAUAAACUACCUGGACGUGGAAAUAGACACCUAAGUAGCAAAGAUCUACCAGUCAUUAGGUUUCAGAAAAUCCAGGAAUUUAUUUUUUUUUUUUUGCUCCUGAGCUGCAGGAGGCCUACCAUAGCAUUGUGCCUCCAACUUCUAGGACUCCUCAUGCAUAGAUAUCACUCCAUGGGCACAAUCAUGCAUCCAACGUCUUUAAGCCUUCAUACUAAACAUGUGGGACCGCUCCCUGGAACACAGGAAAGAUCAAUUAUUGGUUUUGACACAGGUGUUCAACUCCUUAAAGUGGUGAUCAGUCCACAACAAUGUCCAUAAAAGUAAGCCCAUCUGCCUUCCACAACUAAUGCCCGCUGGGGAGCCCACUUGGAGACCUAAAUAGUGCACCUAAACAGUGAGGAGGAAAAGACUCUCAACAUAAACCUCCUAGAGCUGAAAGCAGUCGAUCUAGUUCUAUGAAGGUUGCAGUCCACCCUAAGAGUGGACCAGAAUGUGGUUCCAUCAAACAAUAUGACUGCGGUUACAUAUUUAAACACCAAGGGCGACUGGGGGAGACAAGGAGUCGAGCACUAUUUGCGGAAGCAUUGGAAAUAAUGAAGUGGACAAACUGUCCCUUAUUUCCUGCAGCGAUUCACCUCAAACAAAAGGCAGAUUUGGCUGUGCAGGCACAGGGUCAACAAUUCUGAGUGGUGUCUAAAUCAGGAGGUUUUCAAUCUCAUUGUUCAGAUGUUUGGCUUCCCUUCAGCUGACCUGUUUGCAAACUGUAUGAACACGGAGGCCAAAAUACUUCACAAGGGAAGCAAACCCCAGAUGCCUUAUUCCAGAGUUGGCCAAAGGGUCUAUUUUAAACAUUUCCACCCCUUCCUUUGCUGGGGAAGGUAGCCCAGAAAAUAAAAUGAGAAUAGAUGUUAAUACUUAUAAUUCCCCUGGGUUGAAGAGACCUUGGUUGUCAGACCUGAUGGAGAUGAAACUGGAGCCUCCAUUCCUGCUUCAUUGGAGACCAGGCAUCCUGUCACAAAGUCCUCUUCUUCAUCUGGACCUGAAACAGAUUCAACUAACAGCCUGACUAGUGGGAGCAAAGUGUUAGAAUGUCCCGAUCUGUCCUUCAGUCAUUUAGACGUUGCUUUAAUCUGCGAGAGUAUUGACACUAAAACCAUACUUCUCCAUCUGGUGACAAGCAGAUGGUGCAAAUCCCAGAAAUGCAGGAAUUCCAAACGUUAUGGACUUUCUCCAAGAAGGCAGAGGCCUUCAGCCCAGUACCAUUCAUGUCCGGUGUCUGCCCUUAGUAGUGUGCUGUUUGCAAGAUCCCUUGGCUCCCUGGCAGACAAUCCACAGGUAGCCAGAUUCUUUUGAGCAGUCCAGUUAGCCAGACUGGCAGUCAGGUCACUUUUCCCAAAAUGGGACUUUACUAGUUCUGAAGGCCCUAAUAAGUCAUCUGUUUUGAGCCUCUGAUUUCCGAGUGGGCCUUGUAUUAUCCAUUGACUUGUUUCUUAGUAGCUAUCAUGUCUGCCAGGCAAAUGUCUGAGCUGGCAGCUUUAUCUAUACAGAAAGCUUACUGCAUGUUCCACAGGGAUAAGGUUGACCCUAGAAUCCUUUCUUCCCUCCUUCUACAUUUCUCAACUGAAGUUGUAUUUUGUUCAUUCUGUCCAAUACAUGCCAUCCAGCUGAAAAGUUGUGGCCACUUUAGAUGUCAGAAGAGCAUUGACUUUAAAGGGCUCAACGAGUGGAUGAAAAAAAGUUUCUGAUGAAGCUCCUGCCCUUAAUGGUGUCAUCCCUGUCCCAGAGAGGACUUCUCUACUUCAGUAGAUCUAGUAGACCUGUAUCUCCAUAUCCCCAACAGACGACACACCACAGACUUCUGAGGUUUGCCUAUGGCAGGAAACAUCUCAAGCAUACAGAAUCUGAGAGACUAUUUUAGGCUGUUUGUGUCCUUCCAUACAAAAUGCCAGGAACUCAGUUUCCAGGUCCUCCAUUGAUAGGUGGAUUAGACUCUAUAAUGUAUUCAGGAAGCCUACAUAUCAGAGCCUGUCCCAGAAGGGGUCCAGGCGCACUCUACGAGAUGCUUAGCCACCUCCAUGGGCAGAAUGAGCGAGCACGUCCGCCUUGGAAAUUUGCAAAGUGACCACCUUGUCUACAGCUAACUUCAUUAACUACUGCAAGGUGGACUUGUUUUCUAGAGGCCUCCUUUGGCAGGAAGGUGCUGCAGGCAGUGGUUCAGAAAUAAUGCAGACAUUUGAGCGAACUCAUAAAAAAGUGGCUGGUACUUGCUUAGCAAACUUUUUUUUUCAUAACCUUCCCUAUAUCUGUUUGCUGCUCAUUACUUCCCAGGCAUCCAGAAUUGUAGGAGAUGCUGGGCUACAGACUGGAAAACUUCUUACUGAUUUCCUUUCUGCUAGCAGCAUUUCACAGUUCUACCCACCCUAGAUGCCUCAUGAGUCAAGUGAGAGAUAUUAAGCGGAAUUGUUACCAUACAUCUUCCUUGAUCUAAAGUACAGUUGGAAUAGUGGUUUAUGAUGAUGCUUGGGAAUAACUCAUGUGGCAGCAAGGAGGAGCAGAGGGGGCGUUGCCAGACUGCAUGGUGCCAAAACGCUGAUCCACUGUGUGAGCUGCAGAGAGGAGAGCAGUCUAGAUGCCCAGAAUUGUGGGAGAUGCUGCUAGCAGAAAGGAACUUAUGGGUAAGAAAUUUUCUAUUCUAUGAGUGGGAAUUGAAUUCCAUGGCACUUUGGAGGUAGGAGUUGCGCAGAAAGGGAUUCUGAUUGGUUAUGGAACUAGAGGGAAUAUCCUUGCUUAGAAGGGAAAAGAGAUUUCUUUGUGCAUGGGGCUGAAUCCUUCACUUUUGGAUUGGCACCUUGCUAUGGAUGUGACUACUCCUGUAGGAGGCUGUAUUCCUCUUUUGGGGGUGGGGGGGAAUUAUCCUUAUUUGGGGAAGUUGAGAGCCCCAUUGGACGAGGAUUCAUAAGGAUUAAAGUCUUGUUUGUUACUUUCUUUCUCGUUGCCUUUGGAUUUGAGACUUUUAGAGGACUAGGAGAGCAAUAGUAUUAUAAGGUGGGUGGAAUUAGUUGACUACUAGGUGUUCUGGGACUAGAUUUGUUUUGAUUCCUGAGUCUUAACCAUUAAUGGUGGAGUUCUGAUGUUUUUGAUGAUUGUACAUAUCGUCAGGGAAAAGAUUGUUAGCAAAUGACUAAUCCUGGCACCUCCACAUGUUUUAUGUCAUGAGAAAGAAAAACAAACACACACAUUGGUGCACAUUGUUUGAAUUGGUUCACUAAGUAAUUGAGUAAACUCCAUUAAUGAUUUUA